AUGACAGCAAAGUUCCUGUGGGUCCUUGAGCAGCAGCUGGCAGGGUAUCCUGAGACAACAGCACAGAUCCUGCGGGUCCCUCAGACCGCCGUCAGGGGGUCCCGUGACAAUAACAAAGGUUCUGCCAGUGGCCUUGCAGCUGGGAAAGGGGUGAUUGUUGCAAAGAACAAAGCGGAGGCCUGCAAAGCUGUACGGGAGAUCAUGCAGGAAAAGUCUUUUGGAGCAGCUGGAGAAACGGUUGUUGUGGAAGAGUUCCUGGAUGGGGAAGAAGUGUCUUGUCUGUGUUUCACUGAUGGGAAGACAGUGGCCCCAAUGCCUCCAGCACAGGACCAUAAGCGAUUGCUGGAUGGAGAUGAGGGCCCCAACACAGGGGGAAUGGGAGCCUACUGCCCUACACCUCAGGUUCCUAAGGAUUUGUUACUAAAAAUUAAAGACACUAUUCUUCAGAGAACAGUAGACGGCAUGCAGCAGGAGGGUGUGCCUUACACAGGAAUUCUCUAUGCUGGUAUAAUGCUGACCAAAGAUGGCCCAAAAGUUUUGGAGUUUAAUUGCCGUUUUGGUGAUCCAGAAUGCCAAGUAAUCCUCCCACUUCUUAAAAGUGACCUUUAUGAAGUGAUUCAGUCCACCUUAGAUGGCCAGCUGAGUGCGUCUCUGCCUGUUUGGCUAGAAAACCACACUGCCAUAACCGUUGUCAUGGCAAGUAAAGGGUAUCCUGGAGCCUACAGCAAGGGUGUGGAGAUAACAGGGUUUCCUGAGGCCCAAGCUUUAGGACUCCAGGUAUUCCAUGCGGGCACUGCUCUUAAAGAUGGCAGAGUGGUGACCAGCGGGGGAAGAGUCCUCACAGUAACGGCCGUCCAGGAGAAUCUUGAGUCAGCCCGUGACGAAGCCAGGAAAGGCCUUGCUGCCAUAAAGUUUGAGGGCGCAGUUUAUAGGAAGGACAUUGGCUUCCGUGCUGUAGCCUUCCUCCAGCGGCCCAGGGGCCUGACUUACAAGGAAUCUGGGGUAGACAUUGCAGCUGGAAAUAUGCUGGUUAAGAAAAUUCAGCCUUUAGCAAAAGCCACCUCCAGACCAGGCUGUACUGUUGACCUUGGAGGCUUUGCUGGUCUUUUUGAUUUGAAAGCAGCUGGUUUCAAAGAUCCUCUCCUGGCGUCUGGAACAGAUGGUGUUGGGACUAAACUGAAGAUUGCCCAGCUGUGCAAUAAGCAUGGCACCAUCGGUCAGGAUCUGGUCGCAAUGUGUGUAAACGACAUCCUCGCACAGGGAGCUGAGCCCCUCUUCUUCCUCGAUUACUUUUCCUGUGGAAAACUCGACCUCACUACAACUGAAGCUGUUAUCGCUGGAAUUGCUGGAGCCUGUAGACAAGCUGGCUGUGCUCUCCUAGGUGGAGAGACCGCAGAGAUGCCCGACAUGUACCCUCCUGGCGAGUAUGACCUCGCUGGGUUUGCUGUUGGCGCUAUGGAGAGGGAUCAGAAACUCCCUCAGCUAGAAAGGAUUGUCGAAGGGGAUGUUGUGGUUGGGGUAGCCUCAUCUGGUCUUCACAGCAAUGGCUUUAGCCUUGUGAGGAAGAUUGUGGCGAGGUCUUCUCUCCAGCACUCCUCUCCAGCGCCUGAUGGAUGUGGCGACCAGACUUUAGGGGACUUGCUUCUAACUCCAACCAGGAUCUACAGCCAUUCGCUGUUGCCUGUCAAAGCCUUGGCUCACAUUACUGGAGGUGGAUUGCUGGAAAACAUCCCCAGAGUCCUUCCUCGGGAGCUCGGAGUAGAUUUAGGUUUCCCAGUGCUGAACACUAACCCCUUAGGUUCACACUGCAGUAAGAAGCUUUCUCCAAACAGCAAGCGUCUUAAGUCUUGCAAAGCCUCCUGGGUCGCACGUCUCCCAGGAAGCCAGGGGGUCUUAGCGGCAGAUUUCCCUCGUGUCAGAGUCAAGAAUUUGAUUGAAACCAUGCAAGUAAAUGGGUCAAUGGUGUCAAAUGGCUUCCUGAGAAGUAAGAAGGCCAGAGUGGCUGUCUUAAUAUCUGGAACAGGGUCCAACCUCCAGGCUCUCAUAGACAGCACUCGGGAUCCAAAGAGCUCCUCACACAUUGUUGUUGUCAUCUCCAACAAAGCUGGGGUCGCUGGCUUAGACAAAGCAGAAAAGGCUGGCAUUCCCACCAGAGUGAUUAAUCAUAAAUUAUAUAAGAACCGUGUUGAAUUUGACAAUGCUGUUGACCUCGUCCUAGAAGAGUUCUCUGUAGACGUGGUCUGUCUUGCCGGGUUCAUGAGGAUUCUCUCUGGCCCUUUUGUCAGGAAAUGGGAUGGUAAAAUGCUCAACAUCCACCCAUCCUUGCUCCCUUCUUUCAAGGGUUCAAAUGCUCAUGAGCAAGUCCUGAAAGCUGGAGUCACAGUUACCGGGUGCACCGUACACUUUGUGGCCGUGAGUAUGCCUUUUUAG